CGGAGUCAUGAAAGUGUUUGUAAACAACUCAGGUCGAAGGCGCAUCAAACUGGAGCUGGACAAAUUGCCACACAUAUCCCCAAGUGUCAACUCGUCUUCCAAGGUGUACUUCAUAUUGGGGUAUGAGGGUUGUUUGAGCUUACCACUUCCGGACUUCUUAAAAUCGACAGGAUGACGGGGAAUUACAGUCACUGAUAAAUCCAUAGUACUUUAGGUAGUUCUGAUAUUUGUGGUCCAUAUUUUAAAUACAUUCAAUUUCCUGAGUACCUCCACUGAGUCAGGAUGCCUUGGCCAUUUUCGGAGUCCAUUAAAAAGCGGGCUUGCAGAUACCUCCUCCAUCGGUACUUGGGUAACUUUCUGCAAGAGAAGCUGAGUUUGGAUCAGCUCAGUUUAGACCUCUAUCAAGGCACUGGAUCACUUGCACAGGUCCCACUGGAUAAAUGGUCUCUGAAUGAGCUCCUAGAAACAGCUGAUGCCCCUUUUGAGGUAAUAGAGGGGUUUAUCCAAGCAAUUUCUCUAUCUGUACCAUGGGCAGCCCUGCUGCAAGAAAACUGUGCCCUAGAAGUAAAGGGGCUGGAGAUGGUGUUCAGACCCAGACCAAGAAUGGCAUCUGGCAUGGAACCCAUGUAUUGGUCCAGCUUCAUGACAAGCAGCAUGCAACUCGCCAAAGAAUGUUUGAGCCAGAGACUGACUGAUGACAUGGGGGAGAGCUUUCAGCCAUUUGAGGGCUUGGAGAAAUUUGCAGAAACCAUAGAGACUGUCUUGAGAAGAGUCAAAGUGACAUUUCUGGAUACAGUUCUUAGAAUUGAACAUGUUCCGGAAAAUUCCAAAACUGGAAUUGCUCUUGAAAUUCGCAUCAACAAGAUUGUUUAUUGUGAUGAAACGGGUGAAGAGAGUUCCAGUGUAAAUGUUCAUCAGCCCACUACAUUUGCACAUAAAAACCUGCGUAUGGAAGGAGUCACCAUUUUUUGGGAUGAGUUCUCAGAAGCGUCCAGAGCAUGUUUGAAAACUUCACCUACACCAGCGGAGACUGAGGCCAAGCUCUCCCCAAGCUGGAAUCCCAAAAUAAUAUGUGAGCCUCAUCCCCAAUUCACAGAGCCAAUAUCCUCUGCAACACCAUUUGAACCGAUGCAGAUUGGAACACUUAAUGGUAACAUUGAGCUAUCCCUCACCCUGAAACACAACCUUGCCAUGCCUGGAGCAAAGCUGGAUGUUGAGGGACAGAUUGAUGGAAUGAUCAUUCUUGUGUCCCCUCGGCAAGUUCAUCUUCUAGUGGACAUGUUUGGAUCUUUCUCAGGAGGAGGUGCACAACAAUGGGCUAAAGACAGAAAGAAUCGACCCAUGCAACAAGAGGAUGAGUAUCGACUCCAUAUGGAACUGAACCGCUGCCUCAAGAAGGACACUGCUGUGCCAGGCGCAGACCCUGACCUUUUUGAGAGCCAGACUACCAGAACUGUGUCUAGUCGAGAGGACGUGUUCUUCUCAAUGGCUGACAUGGACAUGUCUCACAGCUUGUCAUCACUCCCACCCCUUGGUGAACCACCCACCGUCGACCUCGACCUGUCACUCAAUAGCAACUACUCAUCUUCCCCAGUGGAGUCUCCUUCUGGCAAUGCAGCUGCUCUAUGGGAUGAUUACCUUGAAGUACCACGACAAAGAGAGAAGCAGACCUGUGAAACUCUUUACCAAUCACAGGAUUCACAGCUUCCGCAAAAAUUAAUGAGACAUGCCUGUCAUGGUGAUGAGUCAAGGCCAGAGCUGGUGUUUAGGCUGACACUGGGCAGCCUGGCUGUCUCGGUCCUUCACAUUGACCCCCUGACGCCACCUGAUGCUGCUCCUAGUCCCCUUACCCCCAUGGCCAGAGAUUUCUUCAGCAUGGUGGGUCCAGGUCAGCUCUCCCCAGCUGCUUUUGUCCAGUCUCGGUCAGUGUUUGACCAGGCCUGCCCCCAUGACCACCUCAGGUUGGUGGCUCAAGGUCUAAAGAUAAACUAUGAGCACUGUCAGGGCUCCAAUCUGCGGACUUUUAGGACUGAUGUUUCCCUGGGCCAGAUGGAGUUGCUCGAGUGCCUGUUCCCCUCUGAAGCCCCAAAUUGUGGCUCCCAAAGGAGGGUUCAGUACACUGAGCUUCUGACAUUUGACACUGCAGCCGGUGCUGAUGCGCUAUCUACCACGAGCCUUCACCUGCUUUAUAAACUGGCUGAGCGUAGAGGCCCACAGGGCGGCCAGGUACGUCUGAGCACCAUUCCUAGGAAGGCUGAGAUCAAGGUGGAGCUGGGUGCUAUCCGCUCAGAGCUGGACAUCAGCAUCGUUGACCGCCUUAACUCACUGUUACAGCCUCAGAAGCUAGCCACCACAGAGAUGAUGGCCUCCCACAUGUACACAUCCUACAACAAACAUGUCAGCUUGCACAAGGCCUUUGCAGAGGUUUUCCUUGAUGACAGCCGUACCCCAACCAAUUACCACGUAUCACUAACCAUUAACGCCCCAGUGCUGUCCCUGGCAGUCCGCUUUCCCAUCCCAGAUCUGCGCUCAGAUCAGGAGAGGGGUCCUUGGUUCAAGAAGUCUCUACAGAAAGAAAUACUCUACCUAGAGCUGGAGGACCUUGAGAUGAAGACAGAGUUCAUGGGAGGCAGUUCUCCUGAGCAAACCAAGAUGGAGCUAACUUUUAGAGAGCUUGUUGGGAAGUUCCAGGAGGAGCAGGACCAACCAGCUGCUCGGUUCUUCAGAGUUUCUCACACCAUAGAUGCAGACAUGACAACAUCAGAGAAUGGGAAAUUUGACUGGCCGAGAGUCGUGCUGAAGAUGAACCCAACUGCUGUCCGCUCCAUCCUUGAACGUGUGACGGCUGAAGAUGAUGAGGGCGCUGAGGACCAUUCUCCUGAGGAGGAAGAAGAAGAAGGGGCUGCCCACUCUCUCAAGGAUGUCUGUGACUUUGGCAAACCUGAACCAUCACCUUUUUCGUCACGAAGGGUCAUGUAUGAGAAUGAAGAGAUGGUUAUUCCCGGGGAUGUUGCUGAGAUGACAGAGUUCCAGGAGAAAACUACAAACAGUUCUCGCAUUAUUCUCGAACUUUAUUUCCCUAAUGUACAAUUAACACUGCCAAGCAAGGCAUUCUAUGAAAAACUACACAAUCGAAUAAAUAAUGACCUCCUACUAUGGGAGCCCACUGCUCCAUCACCAGUGGAGACGGUGGAGAACAUGCCAUAUGGAGUUGGACUCUCUGUUGCCAGCCAGCUAAUCAACACCUAUGCCAAGGACAGCUUCAGCCAGUUCCGCUCUACUGGCCCUGAGGAGGAGACGAGUGGCUCAGAAGAGGAGAACUUGCAGUACUACUCACCUGCCUCUGACCAGGGCCUCAGGUCUUGCAAGAAGAAAAAGCCCAAGGCCCAGAGCAAGACCUCCCAGAGCCUGUUCUCUGUCAUUCUCAGUGUCAACCAGGGGCUAAUGGCUAUACAUACCAAUGCCAAGAGGGAGGAUAAGACUCUAUUGAAAAACAGACAUGGGGAGUUUUGGGUGGAGGUGAAGAAUGCAGUGCUUUUCAGUGUGAUGCAGUAUGAAGGCUACAAAGAUCAACAUUACAUCUGCUUCCACACCAGUAGUAUCUGCAUGUAUCACCAAGGGCUCAUGGAUGGAGAAACCUCAGUCUUGGACCUCAAAUUGCCCUGCAGGACACAUCCACAUUGGCUGGAGCUAGGCAUCUACCAAUCUGAGUCAUCCUCUGACAGAUCGUCAACACCCUCAGAGGGCAUUGGCCUGGAGGCCCAUAGCAUGUUAUCAGUCGCCGUCAAAAUCUCAUCCCAGAAUGCAGAGCGCAAUGUCAAGGAAUUUCUGGUUGCUGUGGGAGUUAGAGGAGCAACACUCCAGCACAGAGUGGUCCCUUCCAGUCUGGGAUGGUAUGACCAGAUUGUUGACUUCCUGAACGUUUCUGAUGAGCCUGUGCUUGGUUACACCCCUCCAACAUCUGUCACCACUUUGCAUCUCCACCUGUGGAGCUGCUCUCUUGACUACAGACCCCUUUACCUGCCUCUCAGGUCACUGCUGAUUGUAGAGACCUUCAGUGUCUCGAGCAGUGUUUCACUAGACCACUCUUCUUCUACACUCAGGAUCAUUUUGGACGAAGCUGCCCUGUUCCUCUCUGACAAGUGCAACACUGUUGCUGUCAAUCUAUCUCGUGACUAUGUGCAAGUGGUAGACAUGGGAACAUUGGAGCUGAGGAUUACAGCUGUCAAACCAGGAGUCAAUGGAGAGUUGUCUGAGCCUCGAUUUGAGCUGCGUUGUUCCAGUGACGUCAUUCAUAUCAGAACUUGUUCAGACUCCUGUGCUGCCCUCAUGAACCUCAUCCAGUACAUUGCCAGCUAUGGAGACUUGCUGCCUCCUGCAGAAUCAGAGGCAAAGAGCAGCAGCACCAUGCAAAAACCCAAGGUGGAAUUUCUCAGCCGGCCCCCAUCUAAGACUCCUCUGCUCCCAGAGACAGAGCAACAGAUGUUGCAGGACCUGAUGAGUGAGGCUAUGGAGGAGACUGAUGGGCAGCAUGCACUGAGCCUUCAACAGAAUGGUAUCCAUCAGGAAGGAAAUCAUGACCAUGACCCUCCUCGUUCAGAUCUGUUCCUGUUUCCGGAUGAAAGUGGGAAUUUGGCCCAGGAGUCAAGUCCCACCUACCCCAUGCUCCACUCUCCCCUCAUCACCCCUGCCCCAAACUUGACCCAAGACGUCGAUGACUUUUGCAUCCUAGAGACACCAGGCUCAAGAGGAGAUGAUCGCGAUCAGGAGCCAGUAGUGAAGAAACUUACCUCCAACUCCAUAGAAAUCAAAGACAACCACUUCAGUCAGCCUCUAGACAGCAGUGACUCCAACCGUGGAGCCAUGAACUUUCCUGUUCCAGAGGUGCGCUAUCUCAUUAGGGAGAUCUCUGUCAUCUGGCAUCUCUAUGGUGGGAAAGACUUUGGGAAUGCCACUUUUGCAGCCUCUCCUGCUAGAAGCUGGGGGUCUACUCCUCACAGCUCCCCUUCCCAGACCCCUGUCAGACAGGGCAGGGUUGGAGGACGGGCAGGAGGUGGAAAGGGAAGGAACCCAGAUGUUCUGAUGGAGAUCCAGCUCAGCAAGGUGAGGUUUCAGCACGAAGUGUACCCAGAUGCACUGGUGGCUUCUGGGUUGGCAGUGGACCAGCCUGUGUCCCGGCAAGUGUUUAUUGUACAGGACUUAGAAAUCCGGGACAGGCUGGCCACCUCACAGAUGAACAAAUUCCUCUACCUGUACUCCAGCAAGGAAAUGCCCCGCAAAGCCCAUUCUAACAUGCUGACAGUCAGGGCUCUACACAUGUGUCCAGAGGCAGGCCAGGCUCCCCAGGAGUGCUGUUUGCGUGUUUCCUUAAUGCCCCUUCGCCUCAACAUUGAUCAGGAUGCGCUGUUCUUCUUGAAGGACUUCUUUACUUGUCUCGCUGCUGAAAUUGAGUUGUUCUGUCCACCUGAUCAGGAAGCUCUCUGCAUUUCCAUGAAGAAACCAGCUGCUCCAGAGAUCUCCUGUAGCUUCUCAAAGCAUGCUGGCAGCAACCAGGACCUGGCCCCAAUUAUCUCUGUGCCUGCUCAGAGACAAAUGAGCUACAAUGGUCUAACCACAUUGGGCAGGCAGGAAUCCAAUGAAAGUGAUGCUGCUGCUCCUUACUUCACAGACCAACCCAUUUUCUUUAGGGAGUUUCGAUUUACCUCAGAGGUCCCCAUUCGGCUGGAUUAUCAUGGCAAACAUGUUUCAAUGGAACAGGGAACAUUUGCAGGGAUCAUCAUUGGACUUACGCAGCUGAACUGUUCAGAGCUUAAACUAAGACGAUUAUGCUACAGACAAGGGCUUUUGGGUGUGGAUAAACUUUUUUCCUAUGCAAUCAAUGAAUGGCUAAAUGACAUAAAGAAAAACCAGCUACCAGGCCUACUUGGAGGAGUGGGGCCUAUUCACUCUUUGGUCCAGUUGGUUCAGGGAUUCAGGGACUUGGUCUGGCUCCCAAUAGAACAGUACCGGAAGGAUGGUCGGAUAGUCCGUGGGUUUCAGAGAGGCACUGCAUCCUUUGGAACCUCUACGGCAAUGGCUGCGCUGGAGCUCACCAACCGUAUGGUGAGAACCAUCCAGGCGGCAGCUGAGACAGCCUAUGAUAUGGUGUCUCCAGUGCCUGAUGAGAGAGAGACAAGGAGGAUAAAGCGCUUCUCCCACUACGGAUUAGCUCAUCAGCCUGUUGACCUGAGAGAGGGCGUAGCCAAGGCCUACACCGUUGUCAAAGAGGGAAUCACAGACACGGCACUGACCAUCUACGACACAGCUACCCGGGAACAUGAGCAACGCGGAAUGACUGGGGCAGUGGGUGGAGUGCUAAGACAGCUGCCCCCAGCAGUGGUCAAGCCUCUCAUCAUGGCCACUGAAGCCACCUCCAAUGUUUUGGGGGGAAUGAGGAACCAGAUUCACCCCGACGCACGCCAAGAGGAGUCUCAGAAAUGGAGGCAAGGGGAAGAAUAAUUUUCUCUUGCCAUCGAGUAACUGAAACUGAUUGCUCCCAAUGAGCUGCCAGUGAAAAAGGACUUGAUGGCCAUAAGCUGCUCAGCCCCGCACAGAAUGUUGGAACGUGAAAGAAUCAUUGUGCCUCAUUCAUCAAUCAUUCGUACUUACAAAUUUGUUUGUACACACCCAUGGAAUUUUUUAGCCCUGAAGUUUGUCUCAGUCAAGUCAAGUCAUUUUUCUUAUUUGUAUAGCCCAAUGUCACACAUUACAAAUUUGCCUCAAGGGGCUUUACAGCAACACAACAUCCUGUCCGUAGAACCUCGCAUUGGAUAAGGAACAACUCCCUAAAAAAACCCUUAAGCAGGGAGAAAAAAUAGGAAGAAACCUCAGGGAGAGCAACAGAGGAGGGCUGUCUCUCCCGAGAUGGACAAUGUGCAAUGGAUGUUGUGUUUACACAAUUUGCAGAAUACAACAUUGAAAGAGGAUAAAAGAAUUAUAAUGGGAUUAUAACAUUUAUGAAGAAUAUGAAGAGCAGGAUUCCAAGCAGUGUCCAGACGCCACCGGAACAGCCCAGGACCCAAGCAACGCAACCAGCAUCACCAUGUAAAGAAUUUAAAAAAAAAAAAGUUGAACCCUGGUAACCCCUGAAUUUAGACACCAAUUGGCUAACACUGAUGUCUUUGCAAGCCUGAGUGAUGGCUCGUUGCAAGAGGUAGACAAUAGAUGUAAGGGGGAAGGAAUUAUGCUGCUGACUGUCAGAGAAUAUUGAGAGCUAAAAAAAAAUUCCAUAGGUGUGGAAGAACAAAUUUGUACGUACGUACAAAUGAUUGAUGAAUGAGGCCUGUUGUCAGAUUUUUUUUAAAAUUUUUUAUGUUAAACAGAUACAGUUAGGUCCAUAAGUAUUUGGACAGUGACACAAUAUUUGUAAUUUUGCCCUGGUACACCACCACAGUGGA